AUGAACAAAAACGUCGCAGAGGACAUAGAGUCCGUGAAGGAGUCCUGUUUUGCGAGAAAAUAUGAUGAAGAAGCCAAUGUCACUAAUCGUUCCACCGAGAGUUUUCAUGAGCCUUUGGAGGCCUCACACGGAGCGCGGAUCAUGGCUAAUGAGGUGGGCGUUUCCCGAACUUUAGGCCUCUCUUCGUUUUCGUAAAAAUCAUACAUUUACCACAACUAAGUUAGAAUUUGUGAUCGGGACGAGCAUGAAGGAAAAAGUUAAGAUUUUUUUUCGCGGACGCGUUAGUAGACCUCAUUCAAUAUGUAAGUGUGUAAAAGGCCGUAGUGCGCUCAGUUUGAAUGAAAAUCGGUUCCUUCAAAUGCAGAACAGUUGGUUCCCUCCAAAAUAACAUCAGUUAUUAGCCCGUUCAACAUUGAAGGCAAACAUUUAAAGAAAUUGCAAUUUUUUUUUGCAUUGAAGGUGGUCAGGUAACUGACUUUGAAAACAUUUCUUCAUGAAGAGAUUGAAAAGCGCGCGCAGUUAAAGUUCUCAGAUUAUGACGCUACUCUUCGACAUGCCAGUAUCAUUCCGCUGUUCGUUGAUUAUGUUUAGUGUUGUCAAUUUUCCUGGUCACUUCUAAUUUCUUUAAUUCAAAAACGCUAUUUUUAACAUAUUUUCUCCCAGUUUGCGAGAGAAAAGGAACAAAUAACGAGGAAGAUCAUCCACUUUGAAACAGAAAUUAAAGGUUAGUUUGAAGCAAUGAUGCAUGUGGGAUAAGAGAAGUGCACUGACGCUGACAGGGAAACCAUUUAAAACCCAUUGAACUGAGGGGUGCUGAGGAAAAACCGUAGGUUCUUGACAAUCAUUCCCCCAAACCCCUGCUUCCCAUUCCGUCCAAAAGAGUUCCGUUUUUAUUAUGUUCUCCCGAUUUGCCUUAUUAUUCAAAACUUCAAUUUGAUCUAUCUUUUACUCCAAGUAUUUAAAAUAUGCACUUUUAUUUCUUGUACUUUAACAGCUAAAGAGAAGGAGAUCACCUUUCUUAAAGAAGCUCUCUUUGGCAAACAUAAAGAGAAUUCUGAUUUUAAAGAAAAAUUUUCCCAACUACAACAAAGCUGGCAGAGAAGUCAGUAUGAUUUUGCCAAGCAAAUGACGGCAAUGGAUGAAAAGCUACAGGAGGCAAGGAAAAAUAUCGACGAGCUCAAGGGUGGAGCAAAUUUUAGUGUCAUGAGGAAUACAACAAAGUUAGAGGAAUCCCGAAGCGGGCUACAAUUAUUUAAUGGUGAGUAUGUUACUUGAAAUGGCAUUUCUAUGCCCAAAGUUAGUCUCCAAGCAUCGCAGGGAAACACUGAUGGGAAGAGGACGAGGGGUCUGCAUUGUCGAUCACUGUACGAAACAAUCGUUUCACAAUUCAGAAAAAAUUUUUAAAAAACUUAGAACAAAUAAUACACCUAUAGGUAAAAAUCGCGGCUCUUGCCAUUGGCGAAGUCACCUAGUCACGUACUGAGACCUUUCAUUAAAGUUAAAAUUAAACGGUAGGAUCUGGGACGAGAUUAGAAGUCCUGAAAAGUAUGUGCCAUAUUUGAGUAAAGUCACAAAAAUUUCAUAUCCCUUCCUCAGGACAAGAAGAGCCUCAAAACUUGAGAAUCGUUAAUAACACAUUCUUCCAUGAACAUUUAUUCAAAAUUUUCUCUCAAUCAGGUAAAGCUUACUUUGACCUUCAACCAUCAUGGUUUCACACUCUAUCUAACACCGGCGGAUGUCUCGAAAUUGAAAACUUUCCAGUAACAGCAAGAGAUCUGGAGGCCAUGAAGAAUUUCAAAUCAAAUUCAAAGCCCUCCACUGAAGCAGCCCAAGGUAUGAAGAAGGAAACUUGUAUAACACAAUUUCGCGACUUCAACAGCCCAUCUUUUAUUGUGCUGAAGUUGGGUGCUUUGACGACCCUCUAUGACGUGCAACCAAAAACAAGUAAGCAGUUCGAAUUAUCGAGGUACCGAACCGCUGUGGGAACUUGGCCGAGUACUCGCUUCAUCAAAUUCAGAAACGAACUCACUGAUCUCAUAAUUAAAAUAUAAAAUGAGACUUUAGGAAGAAUACGCCAGCAGUACUCAACUCCUAACAAGAGACUAGAGUCUCUUAUUGCCACCGAAUACAUAGGAAAAAAUAUGGGGUGGUCCAAGUUCAUAUUUCGCUUUGCUAGUCUGAAAAAUGACCCAACUAAAACUUACUCUUGCACUUCUUUUUUUCACUAAAGACUGUCCUGAAUUGAAAUGUCAACCACCACUCGCCCCCGAUGGCAGUUUUUUCAGAGCUGAAAUAAAGAAAAAUGCUUCACCACCCCAAAGAGGAGAUGAAUUCAACCAGAUAAACGUUUCCUUCGGUCAGAGGGUCAACCCACUCUCUAGGAAGGCAAAACGUUUGGAUCGACCAGUAAAAAGUCCUCUGAAUAAUUUCGAGAGAACUGAAGUCGACAAGUGUACCCCGCCAAUCCAACCGAGACAUCUUGGAUCUAACAUCACCAUUCGGUCCUCUGGCGCACGGAUUAAACCAUUUUCCAACGAAGCCGAGGUGCUGGAUCGACCAACACUCAAUUGCCCAGCCGCUGACAUCGCCAGAACUAAAGUUGAGAAUAACACUCCACCCGUCCAACUCAGUGGGGUUCCAUCCAACAAUAUCACUGAUUCUUAUGGUAACAAGGUGAAUCCCUUUUCCAGGAGAGCUAUCGGCGUCACAAAAACAUCACACAUCCCUGCGGCCACUUUGUUUCCAGCUCAAACUGUCAGAAACAGUGCGAUAAUUUCCUCAAACGAUGCUGUGUUCGGGAAUACAGUAUUCAAUAUUACCACUCAGUGCUCAGGCGAACAGAUUAACCCGUGGUCCAUGAAAGCUAAGACUCAAGAGCGACCAAUACUUGAUUGUCCUGCCACUAAUAUAAGAGGAGCUAAAAAUGAGAAUAACACUCCACCAGUCCAUCUCAAAGGUGUUCCAUCCAACAAUAUCACAGAUUCCUCUGGUAACAAAGUGAAUCCCUUUUCCAAGAGAGCUAAAGGCAUUACAACAUCACCACAUACCCCUACACCCAACUUUGCUGAAGUUGAAACUCUGAGAAACAGUCCGGCAAUUAUCUCAAAUGAUGCUGCAUUCAAGAACACCGGCACAUCCAGUGAGAUCAACCCGUCUUCAGAGAAAGCCAAAGGUAUGAUCAGUUGAACAUAAUAUGACAAAUGUAUCAUACUUUCACUAACAAGCUAGCUUCCCCCGCCAAGAGGAGGACUUUCGCGAUCAAGGGUACGGUUUACUCAUUCUGACAAAUUGAACGUGAAAACAUUCAAUUUUCGUCAGGAGAGCUGAAAAGUUCAGAGAUUUCUUUUAUGCAUUAAGUCAAUUUGCUGUUAAGGUCACAGAUGUAAGUUAGCAGAAAGUAGCUACCUUAAGAAUACUAUAAGGAAAACUACGCUCCACGUUUACUGUUUUCUCGCAUCUGGGCUUCGUCUAGUCGAUCAUUCUCGUUAGAUCAGUUCAGUUGUGAAGCACGGGCUCGUUUUCGAACAGCGACUUGCACUCGACCCUUAACUUACGACGCUCCUUUAGUGAAUGGUAUCUAAAUGAACAGAAAUUUAUCAGCGAAAACCUUCGUAGUAAGUUAAGGUUUGUUAAACUGUCUUCAAUUGUCUAGGGAGUCCCUUUUUACAGCAUCGCCCAUUACCGUCAAUGAGCAUCAUUCCAAGUGGAUCUCAGGUUUCCGUUUACCCUCAGACUUAUCACUUUAAUAGCCAAUCUACUCAACAAACCGGUAAGUUGCUCAAACCAUAUACAUACCGAAAGUGCCCUGUUAAAAUCCAGUGGUUUCUACAGCUAACAAAAGGAUUUGUCUCAGCCAAUAUAAACAGCGGGUUGGUUUAUUCAAAAAGGGGGCUUAUUAGCAGGAUUCUAAGGGGUGUGGUAAGGGCAGGAAUCCCUCAUUCGGCAAGGGUGCAUGUGGUCUUAUUUCAACCUAAAUUCAGUUUAUCUAAUUCUCUCUCCUUUCUGGUAAGCAGGCGAUUAUUCGCCAAGUCUCAAUUGUGCAUUAUUUUUCAGGACAAGGAUUCUUGAGCAGAACUUUCAACAAAUGGUUUGGAUCAUACUAUUAA